AGGCGGCUGAGUAUAUGACGAAAUGUAUAAAUAAAUCGGUAAAUAACCAAAUAAAUACAUAAUUACGGUAAUAAAUAAGGCUCUUUGAGCAAAUAAGUCAGCAUUGCGGCACCAAGUGAGGGCUGGAGAGGCGUGCGGGUCACGAGUGAACGGAUGCUGCAGGUUGUUAGCGGCGUGAUGCGUGGUGAAAUCACGGCGAUCUGUUUUACCGUCCUGCGUCGCUUGCUUUCGUUAACACAGUCGUGUUUCACCAGCAAGCAAGGCUGCGCUUUCACCAGCUGCACGGCAACGAGGGGCCGUUCUCAGCUCGUCCCUAGUUUGGUUGUAAAAUCAGUGGGGCAUUUGUAGCUCCACGGCUGUGCUUUCUUGAGCCCCUCAUAUACUGUAACACUUUGUCUUAGAUGUGGCAUUUCACAUUGAAGUGAGCCUCAUGCGCGGCUCUGUCAUAUGAAGGCCUGCACAUUAAAAAGGAUUCAUCUAAAUAGAUAAUGGGAUGGAGGACAGUGCUCACAAAAAGCGAUCCAUUGCUGGGCUGGGCACUUUCAACAGAAAAUCUGGUCGAGAUCUGUACCUCAAGCACUACGGCACAGUGAGCGGGAGCUGGGGUCUUGUGCCGGACGUUGGGCCCUUGCCGUACGACUCUCUGAGCCCAAGCCUGGGAGGGGGUUCCAAAGUGUGUGGAGGGGCUGGAAGCUUGCAUGCCACCGAGGGCACGUCUGCAUCCCUGCCCACGUCUCCACUCCUCUCGAGACACAUCGGUGGCAUGAGGCCAUGGUCUGGACACAAAUCUCCAGGUUCAAACAGGAAGCCGAGGUACACGGACGUAACCCGUGACCCCGAGCCGGCUGCGCCGUCCGUCAGUAUAGCAGACUCGGAGCAGCUGCCUACUCAUGGCUCUACGAAGGCACUUGGCCCAGCUCCUUGCAGCGAUGAAACUGCACAUGCCCUGAUGACACGCUUGGGCUUCCUCCUGGGAGACAGGGUCCUCACCUCCAAUUCUGGCUCUUUACAGCUGCACACUGAUGACAGAAGGAACCAAAAGCUGUGUGCAAUGGAGCAGGGAAUCAGCCCUUCUUCCACAUUGACCAGCAGCUCGGCUUCUCCGCACACUUCAAGCCCGUGCUCCACACUCGCUGGGCCAUCCACCAGGGGCGGCCCCCCCCUCACACGCUCCUGUCCCUACGGCCUCGUCCCCACUCCCAGCUCUACUCUUGAGAGCAAGGACAGCGGAAUCAUUGCUACAAUUACAAGGUCUAGUGCUUACAUGGAGCGCGGUGGCUGCAGCUUGGAUCAGAUUGAGGAGAGCAGCCCACCAGACGACCCGUCCGACAGCAGUCGACCUGAAGAGCUCAACGAGGCCUCCUGCCAUAUCCCAGCAGAGCCCUCUCACCGAUGUGCUUUUCUUGGGGACCAUUUUAAGCGUUCUGCCACCCAACUGGAGCCAUAUGAGAUUGAUUCAUUUACAGGCGAUCGUUCUGAUGGGUGCUCUGAUCAAGCAGGCUUAUCUCAGAUACUUGGCUUCUCGGGCCGACGGAAUGAUCAGCACAUUAACCGUCGUUUGGUCCUCUCCAAACAACGGGAUCCAUAUCUGGGAGACCACGCCCGUUGCUACACACUCCAUGGAUCCUCCUUCACUUCCCUGGACGCGUCUGUGUUGGCGGAUCGUCCGCCAAUGGCCCCUACGCGUGCGCUCCGGGUGUACGGGAUGCCGGGUGCGGACGAGCUGCAUUCCAGUGCAUCCUUUAGCCUGAGCCGCAGCACGGAAAGGGGUUUGGACAUCUUCCCGUCGCAUUCUACCUACUCCAUCCCCACCUACCUGACACCUCGGCCCAACUCGGUGGCAGCCACAAGCUCUGCGCGGCUGGAGGACCUGAGCUUCCUGGAUGAGCAGCGUGGAGUUCCCCUCCGCACAUCUAUGAGGAUGCCACGGCAGCAUCUGGCGCCUGGCCGCCCGCAGCCUGACCACAGAGCUCCCAGAGUGCAGUCCUGGCUAAACCACUCAAUGCGAUUUGCGCCAUACAAGCCGCCGGACAUUGCACUGAAGCCACUGCUCUUCGAGGUGCCGAGCGUGACCACCGAUUCUGUGUUUGUGGGACGGGACUGGCUGUACUGCGAGCUCGAACGGCAGCUGGCCACCAGCGUGGAUGGCACCAGGGGCACGGGCGCCAGCCCUGAUAGGAACACCAGCUGCAGGGGGGCUGUCAUCGUCGGGGGAGUCGGCACCGGCAAGACGGCCAUUGUGUCUCGGAUGGUGGCCCUUAGCUGCCACGGCACACGUAUGUGGCAGAUCGCAUCUGACAGCCCACGCCUACAGCACAAAAAUCCUCACCUCAGCAAGGAGCUGCCGCUGGGCCAGCCUCCGCCUACCACAGAUGGCAUGCGCUUAGUUAGCCGUGGAAGCUGCCCAAACACGCCGGAGCUGCGCUGCAGGCCCGAAGAGGCUGUGAAAAGACUUGCAGCUCAGGUGGUGGCCUACCAUUACUGCCAGGCCGACAACACAUACACCUGCCUGGUGCCAGAGUUUGUGCACAGUGUGGCGGCGUUGUUGUGCCGAGCCCCGCAGCUGGUGUCGUACCGGGAGCUGCUGUUGCGGGAGCCACACCUGCAGAGCCUGCUCAGCCUGCGCGCAUGUGUCCAGGACCCCUCAGCUGCCCUGCGUAGAGGGGUCCUUGAGCCGCUGACGGCACUGAGAAGGGAGCGGAAGAUCCUAGAUGAAGAUUUCUUGGUUCUAGUGGACGGACUCAAUGAGGCUGAGUUCCACAAGCCUGACUACGGGGACACCAUUGCCUCCUUCAUCACUAAGCUCCUCUGCAAGUUCCCUCCAUGGCUCAAGCUCGUGCUGACUGUUCGAAACAGCAUGCAGGUGCUGAGCUUAUUGCCAUUCACCACCAUCCAGCUAGACAGCGCCAGUGUGGCUGGCGGGGCCGUAGACAUGGGACUUGUGGAACGAGACCUGCAGGCCUACGUCAUGUAUCGUGUCAACGGAAGCCACGAGAUUCAGAGCAACAUUGCGCUGAGUGGACGGCCCGAUGGCGCGGCGCUGGCUAAGCUGGUCUCGCACCUGUCCUCUUUGGCACGUGGAUCGUACCUCUUUCUUCGUCUUACCCUCGACCUCAUAGAAGAAGGACACCUCGUGUUGAAGAGCUCCGGCUACAAGGUGCUCCCUGUCUCGCUGUCGGAGGUGUACCUGCUUCAGUGCAAUCUGCGCUUCCCUUCGGGGGCAGCGUUUUCCCGGGCACAGCCACUGCUCUGCGUGGCACUGGCAUCUCUGCACCCGCUCGCUGAUGAGCAGCUGCUGCGUGCGCUUACGGCUGGAUGGGUGACGGGGCCUCGCUCGGAUGCCGUAGCUGCGUUCACGUUUGCCUUGGAGAGCGUGUCUCCCUUCCUGGUGCGGCGGCGGGAUGGCACACGCAUGUUCUGCCACCCCUCGUUCCGCGAGUGGCUCAUGUGGCGGCCCGAGGGCGAGAGCACCAAGUUCCUCUGUGAUCCCAGGAGUGGUCAUGCACUGCUGGCCAUGAGCUUCUCGCGUCAGGAGGGAAAGCUUAAUCGACAGCACACGAUGGAGCUGGGCCACCACGUCCUCAAGGCUCACAUCUAUAAGGGUUUGAGCAAGAAACUCGGUAUCUCAUCUAGCAUCCUGCAGGCUCUGUGGGUGGGGUACAGCACAGACAGCUUGUCUGCUGCACUGGCCUCACUCCGCAACCUCUACACGCCCAACAUCAAGGUGUCUCGGCUACUAAUUCUGGCGGGGGCAAACGUGGAUUUCCGCACAGAGGCACUGAGCAAUGCGCCGGUGCUGUGUGUGGAGUCCCACUUGGGCUACAGCGAGAUGGUCUCCUUGCUGCUGGACUCGGGCGCUGAUAUGGACACGACCAGCGAGAGUGGAAUGACACCGCUGUGCUACGCUGCAGCUGCCGGGCAGCUGGAAAUUGUCGCUCGUCUCUGUCGUCGCAGUGCCAAGCUGGCACACGUGGACCGCAAUGGGCAAUGUGCGCUGGUGCACGCCGCACUGCGGGGUCACCGCUCGAUCGUGGAGUUCCUGGUGAACCAGGACUGGUCCUUGGCUGGGCAACAACCCGGAUUGCCGCACAAGGGACAGGCGAUGCAGCAGGGCCUCACGGCUGCCUCCAGCAUGGGCCACACUGAGGUUGUGGAGUAUCUGUUGGAUUUUUCGGCUGAUGAAAAGAAACAGGAGAAUCAGUCACAAAUCGAUGCCUUUGACAGUCUGUGGGGAGAGACCGCACUCACUGCAGCCAGUGGCCGUGGCAGGCUGGAGAUAUGUGAGCUGCUGUUUGAGCGCGGAGCCACGCUUUCGCAGCCCAACCGCCGUGGGAUCAGCCCCGUGUUCAGUGCAGCGCGUCAGGGCCAGUGGCAGGUAGUGGACUUACUGCUGAAACGGGGUGCAGAGGUGGAUGCUAUGGACAGGCAGGGUCACACAGCUCUCAUGGUUGCAUCCUGCGAGGGUCACAUUGGAACAGUGGAAUACCUCCUUUCCAAAGGUGCGAGUAUCGGAUGUGUGGACAAGGAAGGACUCAGUGCCCUCAGCUGGGCCUGUCUGAAGGGCCACCAGCCGGUGGUGCAAUCUUUGGUUGGACGUGGUGCCGCCAUCGAUCAUACGGACAAGAAUGGGCGCACGCCACUCGAUCUCGCUGCUUUCUAUGGUGAUGCUGGAGUGGUCCAAUAUCUGGUGGAGCAUGGAGCCAUGAUAGAGCAUGUGGAUUAUAGUGGCAUGCGCCCACUCGACCGUGCUAUUGGAUGCCGGAACACCGCUGUGGUUGUUGCCUUACUGAAAAAGGGUGCCAAGCUUGGUCCUGCUUCCUGGGCUAUGGCCACCUCAAAGCCAGACGUCAUGAUAAUAUUGCUCAACAAGUUGAUUGAGGAGGGAAACCUCCUCUACAAGGCAGGACGAAUGAAAGAAGCAGCCCAGCGCUACCAGUAUGCUCUGAAGAAAUUUCCCCGUGAGGGCUUUGGUGAAGAACUGAAGACCUUCCGUGAACUCAAGGUCACCUUGUAUCUCAAUCUGUCACGCUGCCGUCGCAAGAUGAAUGAUUAUGGAAUGGCAGAAGAAUUUUCUACAAAGGCUCUGGAAUUGAAGUCAAAAUCGUAUGAGGCUUUUUACGCCCGGGCUCGUGCCAAGCGCAGCAGCAGACAGUUCAUGGCCGCGCUGGAGGACCUACAUGAGGCGGUGCGCUUAUGCCCAGAGAACCGGGAAAUUCGUCGCCUACUCGCACGGGUGGAGGAUGAAUGUCAGCAGCAGCUCCUGCUUCCACAGAGCCAGCAGCAGCAAGUACAACAGGAAGGAAACUGCACACAAACUGAAGAGGAUUACUAUGCUGAGCCUCCCACUUAUGGUGGAACCAAGGAAUAUUUUCCUGUGGCAAUUCCAAAGGAUGCCAAUGGCAAAGUAGAGGAUUGUGAUGAGGAUGAGUCUCCGUCUUCUCCCCAAGCUUUGCGUUCUCGCCCGACUUACCCAUCUCCCAUUGAGACCUCUCCCUGGUCUGAUGCACUGCAGCAAGAAAUGAGAGUUAAAUGCAACUUGGGGUCAGACAUUUACGGCAGAGCUGAACUCAGGCCUGGGGAGAGUACUCAAAUGGUUCCUCGAUCACACCAGGAUGCCGCUGCUCGAGAGAAAAUGCUUAGAACCCAAUCGGCCCAACAUCCCUGGCUGGUUAGCAGAGGAAUGAAUGUUGGAUUGGGAAACAGAAUGUCACAAUAUGAACCUAAAAGUCCAGUGAUGCAGAGAUCAAUGGAAUUGCCCUCCUCUGCUGUAUCUCAAGGCAGAGUUUUUCACCAAACAUCCCUGAAUGUUGAGAUGAGUAGUGGUAGGCCAAUGCUAACUGGUGGCAACAGAGGACUUGAGCAGCACCUGUCGAUUUUGGAAACAGAGCCCCACGUGAACAGUAAUCAUCCUCUGUCAGAUUUAAAUGCAAGUGUAUUUGAGUGCAAAGAGCAAGAGAAGCCCAAGCUGUGUAGGGAGUCAACAAUGGGAGCUUAUAGCCGUCCAGGUCAACUCAUUCCCCUGGAAGUGAGGCCGCAUCCACCUACUCCUCGUCCUUCGCUUCAUGUUAUGAGCACUGGCCUCUGCAGCUCUUCUCUCAGUCUGAUGGAGGCAGGGAAUCCCCAGUAUGCCUGCAGUCCCCAAGCUGAGGUGCGCAUCCGUACCACAUUGGACCUAAAAUCGCUGACCAGUGCAAAUAGCAUUGGAGUUGCUUGCAGUGGAGGUGAGUGCCCUGGUGUGAUAUCUCCCACACAAGAUUCGAGACAGUUUGUUUUGCCUGACAGCAAGUCCCGCCCGACACCCUUCAUGGGAGUCACAGACAAACGUGCUCGGGCCCAUCAGUUGCAACUGCCACUCGUAUCAGCACAGCAGCCAACACCACAACAGCAGCAAUCACAAAGUGGCAGGAAGUGGGUCACGUCAUCGGUUGACGUUAUUGUGACAAGUCCCGUCUCUGACUCACCCCUCUCCUCCGCGGUAUCACCUCCAAUGAACAGCCUGGCCUAUUACAACAAGACAAACAAUUAUCUUGAGCAACAAGAGGGCACUGACAUUGACUCACCACCUUUGCCAAAUCAGCAAAAUAACAACAACAUGCAUAACGGACGAUGCCUUAUGCAGGAGGAACCCUCCACAAAUGAUGAGGAUAGGUCCUCAAAGCCAGCUUCACUCUCAUUGCAGGGAUAUCAGGAUGGAGUGGGCCUCAUUGUACAGCAUGUGGUCAAGGAUCCCAAGCCACCGUGCACCUCCCCACUAAUUCCUAAACGCCCUUUUGUAGAGUCGAAUGUAUAAGGCUGUGGCGAGCACACUCUUAACUGCAUCCUAAAUAGUUUGUCAAGGUCAGUUAAAACUUUGCCGCAAUCCUCAUGCAAAUCGGUGUGGCAAAAUAUGAAAUGAUGUAAAUAGAAAAUACAGAAGCAUGUGAAAAUAUUGUGCAUCCCUAUAUCUAAAAACUAUUGUACAUUUAGCUUUAGAGUUAUGUAUUAUUCAUGGUAUGUAUUACUGCUGCAAAAAAGCAGAAUCUAAGAAACUAUGUAAUGUGUUCCUCUGAGUGAAGUGCUUGACCUUGCCAGGUUUAAAACAAUCUACUGAAAAUGAGCCAGGGCUUUUAGCCAAAAGGUAAUUAUUCACCAAUCUUAACCAUCACUGGAUACACUUUGCAUAAAAAUGUAGAAGAAUACACUAAUAGCGAGCAGAAUCACAGUUUCAUUCAUGCCAUUCAAGGGCUCCUGGACAGGCCUGUAUAUAUAUAUAGCUCGUGUAUCAAAUUGUUCCGUUUGGAAGAAACUUGGUAUGGUAUUGUACACUGAAUGCACAUUACUCGUUUUAUUCGUGUGUAUUAUAGUGGUGUUUAUAACGAAGCCCACAGAUGUGUUGGUAGUUUCUUAAUCUGCCAGCAAAAUUCAAAUAAUCACUUGGUGAUGUAGUCGUAGUAGUGCAGCGAUCACUGUCCCUACACUUUCCAAUCUGGAAUCCCUUGUCGGAUGCACACGUAUCAAUAAGAGCACUGUCCUUAAAGGGGAUAUUAAGCCUGCUCCCUCAUUUGUUUUCUUGCAGAUGUCAAAUGCCCCAUUGAUGUGCGAGCCCAGUUAAGGGAAGACAGUGCUGACUUUUUUACGUUAUAUUUGUCAUCUGUGCCAGGUGUGGCUUCAAACAAAAGUUUUCCCACUCCGUAUUUAUUAACUGCAAUUGACCACACAUGGCAACAAGUUAAACACAAGACAUUACAUGAGUCUGAUUCCUCUCUUUUACUCUUGGUAUGAGCAGGGCCCAUGUCAUGGGUCUUGUGAAAUCGUUAAUCGUUCUUGCAGUACCCGUAUUUCCCGUUAGAGGGUAGGGUAGGAACCCGGUAAAUGUGGUUGGAGUGUGAUUCAUGCAGCAUGAGCGUUUCAAAUUACCCAUGCAACUCAGGGUCUCUCCUGAGACGGCCCCUUCUACAGAAAGAGUAUCGCGUAGCUAAAGGAGCCAGGUGACACAUUACAAAACGUUAAAUACAAAGAGUCAUGGUUGAGCUUUUUUGCAAAGCUUACGUGUUGUGCUCUUGUCAUGCUCGUACAGGCUCUCUUAUGAAUGUGAAUGAAGCAUUAACAUGCAGAAUUAAAUAGUACACCUUUUUUUUUUUCAAUGCAGAAUUGAACUCUGACGUAUUGCCACCAGAAUUGUUCACUCUGCAAAGUUGAUCGCCUCAUUAGACCGACUCAAAUUCCAUUGCCAUUUACCUGACGGCAAUUCAACCCAUGGAGAAUGUGAUGCUGUGCACUUGUGGUGUUGUGUCUGUACAUUAUUAUUAAUAUUACAUUUAUGCGUAAUAUAUGUACAUAAAUGAAAAUGUUGCCUUGCGGAUAACUGUAAACUUAACUGCAUUUCUUGUAAAUAUGCAUUUGGUGUAAAUUAUUGAAAACAUGAAAUGCAGUAGUAUUCACAAUGUAGUCAGAUGCAUUUUCAACUGCCAAAAUAUGUAUAUAUAAUAAGUAUGCUGAAAAAAAAUGUACCACCAAAUAGUUGCACUGACUGUGGAAUGAUGAAUGAUAUAUCAUUGUGAAGUGCACUUUACUGCAGUAUUUAGGUGGCAUAGUGCUGACAAACAACGUGUUGGUCUUGAUGUGCUGUGCACAGAGUUUAAGAUGACAAACAAUUGUUAGGUAUCACGAUCAAAGUGCUAAUGUGCAAGCUAUAUCUGGUUAGUAAAUAUAUUGCUUCUAUUACUGAAAAAAAGUGUAUGUAUGCAGUCUUUUUUACGUGUUUUUUUUUUAUAUUGCAGCACAUGUGGUACACAACAGUUAAUGAUUACAUAUUAUGGAUAUUUGCAUGUUUGUUUAUUAACUUGACAGUAACCUAAUGGUACACAGUCCUUUCUCAUCUCACACCAUACCCAUAAACUCUUCUUUAAAAGAAGUGAAAGACUUUUUGUCAAAUAUAAACUAUAUAAAUGUCAGUUGUCCAAGUGGAUAGAUGUCUUUUAUUUGUUGGGCAGUUGAGAAUUCGAUGUGAAUGUUGGCUACAAAAAGCCGGGUGCAAUCAUCACCUUUACUGUUGAAUUUACUACAUUAUUUCCAUUGUGUUACCCAGCAUGUGUAGCAGCCCUAUGGGGUAUAAACUGAAAAUAAUCUGCUAUUCCCAUUACUCGAGUCCUUUCCACAUCAUCCAACAACAAUCAAAACAAUUUGUAAAAAAAAACUAUUGCAAAAUGUUAUAAAAAAAAUAGUUGUUCAUUUCAUAUCAAGUUGCAUCGGCAUACUUUUGUGCGUGUGAGCUUGUGUUUUUUGCAUCCUGUGUAGUUCGAAGAUUAAAAUCCAGGGCAAACCCAUGCACGCUCACACCUUUUUCUGGAAAAGGUUUGCAAAUGUCCAAAAUGGUUUAAGAUGUAAUAAAAUAACACAUUUGAUGCGCGAUUGUAAACUAGUUUGUAACUAUGACAGCGUUGUGUAAGGAAAUAGCUAUUUUUACACAUGGUCGUGAAAGUUUAAUUGUUGGUACUUUAAAAUGGAUAUAAACCUAUGAAUUUCCAACAGGCACCCAACAACGUAUACGCAAGAACUUAAAUGAAUGCUGUAAUGCUGGAGUAUAUGAUUGUGCAUUUCAUCUCAACAUGUAUGAAUAAAUUAUGUUUUUCCUGGUAAAUGUGAUCUCAUAUUGGUUGUGUUCAGAUACGGAGAUUAUUCAAAUCAAUCAAAUUACAUCAUAUGAACUGGGUGGAUUCUGAAAGAUGGAUGAGAUUUUAAUGGUGCAUAUGUAUACACUCGGUGACCAUAAAGCCCUGCCUUUGUUUUGGUGUCCCUAUGCUGUACUGUAUUUGGAAAUAAAUGCAUCUAAAUGGACUAUCAACCAAUGACCACAAAUCACUCAGAUUUUUAUCGAUCUCGUCACCUCUUGAAGCUAAACCGUGCAUUGAGCGUGAAUAGUGCUUGGAUGUAUAUACCAGCGUACAUUAUUCAGGCAUAGGAUUGUCAGCAAAGGGCAAUACAGCAACAUUAAUUGUUGUGCUGUCGAUAUCUGCUCCAACGUAUAUGCUCCUCCCGCCUUAGCCUACAUUGACCAACGUGGUGAAAAAUGGUAAAAGAACUCACAUGGAAUGGGGAGGCCCUCAUCCAGCAGCUGAUUGUGCAUAUAUGGCGUAUCCUUUCAAAUCAAAUAUUCCUUGCAUUCCAAAAGGUUUGUUUUGUUGGAAUUGUUUGAUUCACUUGGAGCAGAUGGCAACACCGAUUAGUGCAUUCCAACGUUGUGGUUUAGAUAAAAUUAAAAUAGUUGAGUGUAUGGUAGAAGAUUGUGUGCCAAUCUGAGGAGAUGUUACAAGCAUGGAUGAACAAGUAAAAAAAAUCGACAGCUUUUGCGAUAUAAUCUAAGCCAAUGGUUCUUAAGCGUUACUGCAGCCUUGCACCCCUUUGAUUCUCAAUCGUAAUUUUUUUUAUAAUUGUAAUAAAUACAUAGGUUUAAUGAAACAAAGUAGUUGUACUUAGGUGCCCUUAAUUUGUUUCGAUGAUUUACCUUCUGAAAAAAAUCUGGUAUGUCUCGUAUCGCCAGGCGGUUCGUGGACUUCAGGUUAAGGAACACUGAUCGAAGCCUUCAGCGCUGCAGACAUUUUAGUGAAAUUUUUAAGAUGGACCACAAGUGUGCGCAAAAUAAAGGAAUUCAACGCUGGAGUAAAAAAAAAACGUUUACCGUACAUUUUAAGGCAUAAAAAAAAGAUUCGUUGUGAAGAUGCAUUACAAUCAGGGAAGGGCUUUAUGAUCAAUAUUUUAAUAUAUUAUUUGCAGUGCAUGUUACACUUGUUUUAAAGGGGUGUUAUUACUAGUCUACUUGUAACAUUUAAAAAAUACUGUAUACAUAUCGUCACAUUCAUGUGUAUUGCUCAAUGAUUUGUCAUUCCCAUCCAAUAUUUUGAGGGCACACUGAUCAUGAUUGCAG